CGAUGGCAACCAAAGUGUAUAUCGUGUACUACUCAAUGUACGGUCAUGUGGAGAAAUUGGCUGAAGAAAUAAGGAAAGGAGCUGCUUCUGUUGAAGGUGUUGAAGCCAAACUAUGGCAGGUACCAGAGACGCUUCCAGAAGAAGCACUCCUUAAGAUGAGCGCACCACCGAAGAGUGGAUCACCAAUCAUCACACCCAACGACCUAACUGUAGCUGAUGGCUUUGUCUUUGGUUUCCCAACUAGGUUUGGUAUGAUGGCUGCUCAGUUCAAAGCCUUCUUGGACGCAACCGGUGGACUCUGGAGGACUCAGGCACUCGCCGGUAAACCAGCUGGUAUCUUCUACAGCACUGGCUCUCAAGGUGGUGGCCAAGAAACCACCGCAUUGACGGCGAUAACUCAGCUGGUUCACCACGGGAUGCUAUUCGUCCCAAUCGGUUACACAUUUGGUGCUGGAAUGUUUGAGAUGGAGAAAGUUAAAGGUGGGAGCCCUUAUGGAGCUGGAACAUUCGCAGGAGAUGGUUCUAGGCAGCCAACACAGCUUGAGCUAGAGCAAGCCUUUCACCAAGGCAAGUACCUUGCAACCAUCACCAAGAAGCUCAAAGUAUCUACUGCUUAGAGACUUUAUGAACAUUACUCUACCAAUAAGAACAAUUUGGUUCUGUUUAUUUUAUAAAUACAAUUUGGUUCUGUUUAUUUUAUAAAUUAUUUUCACUUUGAAUUUGGGGGCUUGUGUGAUAUUUUUCACAGCAAUGAUUCUUGUUAUAGAUAUGUAAUGAUUUGUGCUUGUCUUGCACUCCAAACAAAAGAUGCGUGUAUGCCUAUAGUUAAACUUACAUAAGAUCUUAAGAAUUCC